GCGUGAUAAUUGACUUCAUGGAUCUUCCUACUUAUGCGAAUAAGUCGUCUGGUGUGGACGAGAACAUGGAGAAGAAAGGAAAGAAGAAGGACGAUGCCAUUAAAAACCUGACAGAGUAUCCACUUGUCCGAUUCUCCAUUCCCGGAACCACCCAGCAUCGCGAAAUGUUAGUGCAGCCUGACAUUUGGAAAGUCGAACAUCCGGAUGGAGAAGUUCAGGCCAGCCGCAGCCAGGUAAAGUAUUAAGCGGAUGUGAUAGCACAUAUCGAACUAAUCGGCCUUAUUUCUCGAUGAUUCAUCAAAGCUCCCAUUGAUACUCGCUUGGGCGAUGUCUAUUCAUAAGUCACAAGGCCAGACAUUAGAACGAGUGAAGGUGGAUCUGCGUCGCGUGUUUGAAAAAGGUUCGUCCCACCGUUUGCCGGCAACAAUGUAUCAUGUUGAACCACCUUAUAAGGACAAGCGUACGUUGCUCUAUCUCGAGCAACGUCUCUAGAUGGGCUUCAAGUGUUGGGUUUUGACCCCAGUAAGGUGAAGGCAUGGUGACGGACGGAAACGUGAGUCAUGCUAAUGAAUUUGCUGCUCAGGUGUCUGCACAUCCUAAAGUCAUCGAGUGGAGUAAAAAGCUGGAGACAGUCAAUUGACCGUUCUGGUAGAUUCCUGCGCAGACGACGUUACCACUGUUUCAUAAGGGUUUCCGCACAUCACUCUUUUGAU